AAGGAACCGGGUAGUUUUGCCAUCUACGCCGGCGGCUGUUGCUGCUCUUUAGCCGGGACGGGAAGGAGGAGACCGGCGUGAGCCGCGGGGGCCUCUCCGGGCUUUGAAUGUGGCCGGGUGGCGCUCACAAUCGGCGGCUCUCCCGACGCGAGGGCGACUAGCUGGUGAUCAAAAUAAAGAUUAUCCGUCUGCCAGCCGCCAUCCCUGACCCUUGAAGAGCCAUGGGGAACACCAGCAGCGAACGGUCUGGCGUAGAGCGCCACGGAGGCCAUAAGUCAGCUCGAAGGGACAGCCCUGGGGGAUCAAAGGAUGGAGACAGGCCCAAGAUUUUGAUGGACAGUCCCGAAGAUGCUGACCUGUUCAGUGCAGAAGAAAUGAAAGCUCCGAUGGAGAAAGACGAAUUCCUGGCUUGGCAACACGACCUAGAAGUGAGCGACAAAGCCCCCACACAAGCUCAGCCGACCGUCUUCCGGUGGACCGGCGGAGGCAAAGAAGUUUAUUUAUCGGGCUCCUUCAACAACUGGAGCAAACUCCCGCUUACGCGGAGCCACAACAAUUUCGUAGCAAUCCUCGAUCUUCCAGAAGGCGAACACCAGUACAAGUUUUUCGUGGAUGGCCAGUGGACUCACGAUCCUUCAGAGGCUGUGGUGACCAGCCAACUAGGGACGGUCAACAAUAUCAUCCAAGUGAAGAAGACAGACUUUGAAGUUUUCGAUGCUUUAAUGGUCGAUUCCCAAAAGUGCUCCGACGUGUCAGAAUUGUCAAGCUCGCCCCCUGGACCGUAUCACCAGGACCCAUACAUCGUUAAGCCGGAAGAGAGAUUCAAGUCGCCCCCUAUCCUUCCUCCCCACCUGCUGCAAGUCAUCCUGAACAAAGACACGGGGAUUUCCUGCGAUCCAGCUCUCCUUCCGGAACCGAAUCACGUCAUGUUGAACCAUCUCUACGCGCUGUCCAUCAAGGACGGAGUGAUGGUGCUGAGCGCCACCCACCGUUACAAGAAGAAAUACGUGACUACGUUGCUCUACAAGCCCAUAUGAACGAGAGGGAGGGAAAGCGGACCGGUGCGAGAGAAGAAGGAAUUGCCAUCCAGAGGAUCCCCUACGCCCCCAAACUCGACAGCAGCAUCCUUGCUGUUAAACUGCCCCCACCC